AUGGUGAUCACGUCGGUGCCCACCCUCACCAAUGCUGCUUCGAAUCCCCGCGCCGCACUGCCGUCGAUCACUACCACUUCCACUGCCUCUUCCACAUCUUCCGCGGCGGCGGCGAACACAACCACCUCUACCAUCCCAGACGGCAACAAAAACGGUGCCGACUUCCAGAUCAGCCACCAGAACAUUCGUCAGCACUACCCCCAGCGCCAGCGAUGUGAACUCGGUCCAUACCUGUCCUCCUUGCGACCGGAUAUUCACCCCACACAUCGGCCUCUUCAGUCACUUGCGAAUCCACUGCACAGAGACUGA